UUUGCCAUCAAUGCUCAAUUUCAUUCGAAUUCCCUGAUAGUUAGUGAACAUUCAGUCACUUCGAUUCUCCUCGUUUAAAAAAACAUGUCUAUGAACAUUAUAAUCCGUUUAAUCUGCGUCAAACUUAUAACACCCCCGUUUUUGGGUCGGACUUUAAUAUAGUGUUGUACCGGAAAUAGAUUGCCGUGCAUCUAAAAAGAUCAUUAAUUGAUUGCAGAGAGUAUGGCGGAGGCGGUGGAAGGUGGUGCAGCCCUCGCUUGGCGGGUCCUGGCAACGCUCGAAGGAGGCUCGCUACUCCUGGCGUCUUCUGCUCUCCUGGUAUAUAGUGUUCGUAACAAGAUUACCAAGAAAACUAGAACGUGGAAGGACAUACGGCGCGUCUUGGUAACAAACACGACUAACCUAUUAGGAAGAGCAAUAAAGACCAAAACUGGAAGAGCGAGGCUAGGCGCUAUCGUGGAUGCGAUAGUUAUAGUCGGUGCUGAACCCAAGACUGACGGCCUGGAUGGCAUGGCUACCCUCGUGACGGAAGAUGUUUAUGACAAUUUGAAGCUGCUGGAGUCCCUGUCGCGUCGCGUCCGCGGCGGCGGGCGGCUGGCGUGGGCGUGCGCGGGCGCGGCGCCGCGGCCCUACAGCUGCGCCGGCGCGGCCUUCGACACGGUGCUGCGGGCCAGCCUGCAGCAUGUGGCCAAAAUGUCUCAGUGUGAGCCCAUCUGGGUAGGUCGAUGUGGGGCGCGG